AUUUUGUUCUUUGCUUUUAUUCUUCUGUAGCUUCAUUUGCUUAUUGCUUUUCCUGUCGAACCCAUCUGAAGUUACAUCUUUAUGCGCCGUCUACUUAAGUGAUUUCUGGGUUUAGUUUAAUUAGCUGAUUUUAUUCUAUAUUUAUGUAAAAAAAUAUGCUAAAUUUAUCGUGGGUCUCUUGUGUUAUAUUUUAUUCAUGGGAUUGAGCAGGUUCUUUUUGUGUCAUUUGCUCUAAGGGUAUGCAAAGAUGAUGGCUUGUACCCCCAUCAGCACAUGCAGCAAAAAAGUAGUUUGCUUGAUUGGAAGCUUCCAAAGGCAGCCGAUUAUUCGUGCUUCUUAUGCCUCUCGGCAAUCAUCAUGUUAUUACUAUUCUUCCGGCAAGCACCCAAGAUUGCAUUUUUCUCCUACAAACGGCUUUAAUUGCCAUGAAUUGACGUUUAAAAGAUUGAUCAGGCCUAGGCAGCAUAGUAACACGCGUGUUAAUGUUUCUACUGGAAAUGGGGACAUGAAUUUUAGGCUUUUUGUGCCUAAGCAAUCAUCGAAUUCCAAAAUUAAGUGUAAUGUGGGGCCCUUUUAUUUGAACCAGCGGACUCUGUAUUCUGGCGUUUUUAUGGGAUUAUUGGUUUGUUUUUCUGCUUCUCAACCUUCAUAUGCGGAGGCACCUGAGGGAAAUCAAAAGAAAGAGGGUUAUUGUGAUGCUUAUUCUGGCGGCCACUCGCAUAACAAGAAAGUCUUGACCGACUACUCUGUGAUUGGUAUACCUGGAGAUGGAAGGUGCUUGUUUCGUUCUGUUGCACAUGGAGCUUGCGUACGAGCUGGAAAGCCUGCUCCGAACGAGAACCUUCAAAGGGAACUAGCGGACGAGUUACGAGCUAGAGUUGCCGAUGAAUUUAUCAAGAGACGAGAAGAAACAGAGUGGUUCAUAGAGGGAGAUUUCGAGACAUAUGUUUCGAAAAUAAGGAGGCCUCAUGUUUGGGGAGGCGAGCCUGAAUUGUUGAUGGCCUCUCAUGUUCUCCAGAUGCCGAUUACAGUGUACAUGCACGACCAAGAAUCGGGUGGCUUGAUAUCUAUAGCCGAGUACGGGCAAGAGUAUGGCAAGGAUAAUCCCAUUAAGGUCCUGUAUCAUGGCUAUGGCCAUUAUGAUGCCCUUCACAUUCCGGGUAAGGUUGGGUCGAGGCCGAGACUUUAAAUAUUUCGAGAAAGAUGCGUAUAAUGAUAAUAUGGCUGAUAUUUUAGACGAUUGUGCAUUUACACACUAGCUAUACUGUCUGUACACUAUACCGCGCGAGCCUUCCAAACGACUCAAUAAUUGUAGUUUACAGAGUGGAAUAUGUGAUAUAUUAUGCAGCCAUGGAAUAUGAGCAGCUUGCAAGUUCAGUAAAUGGCUGUAAAUUUUAGAGUUUUAUGUGAUUGUAAUGCAAUUUUAGAAAAAUAUGUGAGAGUUUCUAAAUUUUGAAAGCUACCAAGUAAAGUUUCAAUUUUCCAA